CGUUCGUGACGUGGACCGGCUGGCACCAGCUGUUUCCUCUUUCGAGCCGGCUCCAGCUCUCGUCUACAACAUGGAGACUGAAGUGGAUGCAAAGCCAGCCUCAGCUCAGCCGGCUAACAAUGCAACUGUGGAUGGCCCUGGCUCGGUGACGAAUCCAAUCAAAAGGAAGAUUGAUAAGCUGGUUGCCAGUAAGCUCCACAAUGACCCGGAAUUCAUAAAAGUUGUCGAUUAUGUGGCCCCAAUGGUUGAAAAUCUUGACAUUCACACUGAACGACGACUGUUGCGUAACCUGGAGAAAAGACAGCUGGAGCUUAACAGGGAAUACCUCCAGGAAUUCGAGAAGGUCAAUGCACAUGUUCAAGAUUUUGCUGAAAAAGUUCGUACAAUGCACAGAAUUUGUUCGGAUCUUACGAACAGAAUCCAGCAAAACAAAGAGAAAACGCAAGAUCUUCUCAGCAAAACUAGUGCUUUACAAAACCAGAAAAAACAUCUUGAAGCCAAACAAAAGGCAAUCGACGAUUUCCUUGGAAGGUUCUCGCUCACAGAUGCUGAGAAACGAGCAUUAGAAGGGAGCUCCAAAGACGGCACAAUAAACAGCGAUUUCUUCCCAGCUCUUGCUAGAGCUCGGGAGAUCUACAAUGACAGCAAGGAGCUCCUUCGCAGCAAUGGCGAGCAUUCCGCAGCGGUUGAGAUCAUGGAAGAGAUGUCUCAAACUCUGGAGAAGGCAUACGAGGUCUUAUAUAGGAGCAUACAAAGAGAGUGCCGAAUUCUGAGUGCUGACUACGUAGAGAUGAAGGCUGUCUUAUGCCAGUCGUUUGCCGCCUUGCAGGAAAGAGAAGUUUUGUUGAAGUACGCUUUAGAUGAAAUUUGCACUGCCCGAAAAAACCAAAUCCUUCGUCUAUAUAUUGAUGCUUUAACAAAAGGCACACACAGCAAUGGCAAACCUAUUGAACUGAUGAGCCACGAUCCUUUACGAUACAUGGGUGACAUGUUAGCAUGGAUUUAUGAAGCGCUGGAAGGUGAAAGAGAGUUGUUGCAAAUGCUUUUGAAAGAUUGCAAUCCCCAAGUUAUUCGCGAUAACUCGACCAGCCUGUUAUCACAAAUUUCUAGCGCACUCUGCCGUCCCUUCAAGCUCCGCGUCGAGCAAGCCCUUGCAGGAGAAACAGAUUCUGUUGUCCUAUAUCGCCUUUCCGCGUUGUUCACUUUUUACUCGGAAAAGAUGACACCAGAGAUCGGUCCUGAAUCUGAACUUUCGCGAACAAUUGAUGAACUCAAUCAGCUCACACUGAAUAUAUUCUACAGUGGUCUUAACGGAGCCGUGCAAAAAAUCCUGUCGAAGAUGGGUGCGCCAGAUUACGAUCUUCUGCCAGUACCAGCAGUCCAUCAGAUUCUGAUGCUACUGAGAGAUGUGUUAGAGACUCACGACGGAGCAAUGGCUGGUCGAACAAAUUCGGAAGAGGAGUUCAACAAGAUCUUCAGCUGUGUGUUAGAUCCGCUCUACAGAUCAGUGCAAGUAGCUGCCACACAUUUGCAUUCACCUCUAGAUGUUGCUGUAUAUACGCUGAACUGUUUGUCAGCCAUACACUCAUUGGUGAUUCUUUACCCGUUCACCGAUUCACGACUUGAAAUGAUUAAAGCGCUGAUGGAAGGCAAUGAAGACGUAUUAGUAUCAGAAGAGGCUUCUACAAUUUUAGCAAAUACGGGACUCAUACACUUGUAUCAGAAAGCCUCAGCUCACGACAAAAGUCAGGGUCCUCUAUCUGCUAUCUCUGGGAUGGAUGCUGCCACUGUAAAUAACACAUUAAUACAGUUUGACGCCUACCUUGCUCAACCGGACAAGUACCAGCUUGACCAAGUUGCAAAGAUAAGCAGUGCUCGAACUAGGGAAAGUGUAAAGCAGAGAACUGUGGACAAUGUAGUCGCCGCAUACUCGGCUGUUAUCAAAAAGUUGGAAGAUCCCGCGAAUGCUUACGAAAAUGUUGCUUAUAAGUCUGUUGAUCAGGUAAAAGAGCUUCUCAGCUGAGCAGUCAUACCUGUGCAAUACUCCAGUCACUUUUCCGUCCUUCACUCUCUCUUCUUCCCAGUUCUGUGUGAUAUCAGAGCAUGUAACGCUGUCACCAUCUUUCACUUAUUUGGCCCAAUCUUUGGUGAUUCUGAUAAUAACAGCUAAUAUUCAAGUGCAAUGAUGGCUUUUAAAUCAUGAAUAAAUGGGUAUCUUUCAUUGAGAA